AUGAGUGAUGGUAGAUUAAGGAAAAGUGGUGCAAAAUACAAAAAGCUCCGAGAAGAGCACGAAGAAAAGGAGAAAAGGGUGAUUCAAAAAACAAGAAAACUUGAUAGUUUUUUCACAAAUUUAAAAACAGACUCAUCAACAUCAACUACUACUCUCACAUUAACUACAAGUACUAUUACUUUAACUACAAGUACUUCAACGAGUUCAACUUGUCAUCCCAAUGCUGAAUUAGAUAUUACACCUAGCCCUAUCAUUUUUUCCGUUUCAACACCUUUAGAAUUAGAGAAAGAAAGUCACGUAGGUGAUGCUGGAGAUCUGACUUCCGUAGAUAUAGCUAAAUUUACAGCCUCGAAAUGUCCGGUAUCUCUUGAUAAUAUAACUGUAAAUACCGAUCCUGCCAAAUGGGUAAUAAACGAGACGACAAUAGACCAUCUACUUUCGAGAGACAUCGAUCAGAACAUACCUGAAGAUUUUUCUGUCACAAGGAAGUAUUACUCCUCAGGUAGUUCAAAAUUUGGUACAGAUGGAUAUGAUGAUUGGAAUAAUGUACACAGUGGCCUAAUCUCCCAUGAAAAUUCCACAGAGCAUGUUCAAAGCUCUAGCACUUUCUUAAACAGAACGGUAGUAAAAAAACUUGGUAGUCGAGGAUUACCAUUUAGAGGGAAGAAUGAGCAAUUUGGGUCAAAUAAGAAUGGAAAUUUUAUGAUGUGCUUGGAGCUUAUUGCGGAAUUCGAUCCUUUCAUGUCUAAUCAUAAACAUGCUUAUGGAAAUCCGGGUCGAGGUAAGACAUCCUAUCUGUCUUCUACAAUUUGCGAAGAGUUUAUUUCCUUGAUUGCAAAAAAAGCAUUAAGUGUGAUUAUUGAUGAAGUAAAUCGUAGCAAGUAUUUUUCCAUUGUUGUUGAUUCAACGCCCGAUAUCAGUCACGUGGAUGAACUGUCGUUUGUAAUCAGAUAUGUAAAACGAGAAAUUCAAGAAGAUACGCCAGCCGAAGUUGAACGAUUUUUAAAAUUUAUACCCAAUAUUGGACAUAAGGCAAAAGACAUGCUAAAUGCAGUUAUAGGUACAUUGGAAGAAUUUGGUUUGAAUUUACAGGAUUGCCGUGGUCAAUCUUAUGAUACCGCCGCAAACAUGUCUGGAUAUUACUCAGGGUUAAAAACAAGGAUACAAAACCUAAAUCCAUUUAUGUACCAAGCAAUUUAUGUACCAUGUGGAGGACAUAGUCUAAACCUCGUUGGAUUGUCCGCAGUCGAUUCUAUCAAAGAAGCGAAAUUGAAACCAAAUCAGAAGGUAGUAAAAAGAACUACUGGAACUAGGUGGUCUAGUCGUUAUAAUGCAUGUUCUUCUUUUAAAAAUAGUUGGGAAGAAUUUAUGGAAACAUUGAACGAUAUAGAAAAUAAUAAUUCUGAAAAACCCAUAAAUCGUAGAAAAGCUACAGGUUUAAAAAACAACUUAAGUACCUUUGAGUCGGUCUUUAUGGCUGUAUUUUGGACUUCUCUGUUAGAACGAUUCAAUAAAACAAGCACAAUUUUACAAUCAACAUCAGUUAACUUGGAACAUGUUGUUGAUCUAUACAAAUCUUUAAUUGGUUAUGUGAGUGAAAUAAGAACUGAUGAAAUGUUCCAAAAAUUCAUUGAUGAAGCAAAAAAAAUUAGAAAAGAAGAAUAUGAAUUAGACAAAAAACGUCGUCUUACGCGAUCCCUUUUAUGCGAUGAAUUAGACGAAUGUAGUUCUAGAGCAAAUGAAGUGGUUUUUGACGGUAAAGACAAAUUAAAAACUGUUUAUUUUGCCGUAUUGGAUCAACUCAGAAAACAACUGGAUAUGAGACAUUCUGGAAAUCAGAAUUUAGAAGAACUAUUUCCGAAUGUUAGCAUCGCUUUAAGAAUAUACUCCUGUAUGGCGGUUACCAACUGUUCGACAGAAAGAUCGUUUUCGUGUCUUAAAAGAACUAAAACGUAUUUAAGAUCUACUAUUGGUGAAAAUCGGUUAAAUAAUUUGGCUCUCCUGUGCAUUGAAUCGGAAUUAGUGUCGGCAAUUGACUUUCAAGACCUAAUCAAUACAUUCGCUAACCUCAAAAGCCGAACUAAAAUAAUUUAA